AUGGUUGGCGUUUCUCGCUCGGUCUACAUAUUGGACCGAAACGCAGCAGAGACUCAGCGUCUCAAUAACCAACAUCGCUUUCUCGUCGAUCUCUCCAACCUCAUACACCCGUCGAUUCCAAAAGACCAACUUACAGCAGUGGCUGACUUGGGCACUGGCACUGGCAUCUGGCUCGAAGAUGUCGCCGACUUCCUUCCCAAUAAGUCAGUCUAUCUUCAUGGCUUCGACAUCUCCUCAACUCAGUACCCACCACACCAUGAGAUCCAACGACCCGGCCAAAACCCAAUCCCACUUAGUGUCCACAACGCGCUGGUUCCAUUUCCAGAAGAGCACCGUGGCCGAUACGACCUCGUACACAUCCGACUCCUCACAGCAGGCCUGAAACAAGUUGAUUACAUACGGGUGCUUGCCAACGCGCGUGCUUUGCUCAAACCAAACGGAUGGAUCCAAUGGGAAGAGGUUGACCACACAUCUUUCUGCACAGACGCGGUUCCAGAGCCAGAAGUAAUAACCCGACUGCGUGAAUGCGUGAUCGUAGCCAUGCUCAAACUAGGCCUGUGGCCGUUUGCUCCACAGCGUGUGUUUGACGAGAUCUCCGAUUCUGGGUUUGCCGAUGUCGUCCGUGAGACUUACACUACUUCUGGGAAGGAGCAUCUGCGACCUAUCGCGCAGAAAUGGGUUGCCGGUGUGAUGUGUGCUCUGGUGCCGGCUUGUAUGGUUGCUAUCGGUCAAGCUGAGGAUACCAAGCAGGCACGUGGGAUGACUGAGCAGUUGGUUCAUGAGUUCGAGGCCCAUUGCGAGACUGCGACGGCGCUAGUUAACUUCGGGGUUACGGUUGGUCGGAGAGUGAAUUGA